GGUAAACCCACGUGUUACCCAGCAAAAGCUUUUAUGGCUCCCUCGGAAAGUCCCGGGAAGAACAAAGCUAUCUCCAUAGGUAUGCAUAUCCAUCAAAAUAUUCAUCAAAAUAUUGUUAACGAGUGAUCAAUAACUUGAUUAUAUGCAUAUACAUAUAUAUGUUCUUGUACUUGAGUUGUGCAGGUUUAAGCGCUGCGUUGGGAACGUUGUCCCUAUCCCUUGGAGCGCAGAGUUUGUACAACUUCGUUAAAAGAAUGAUAGCAAACAAGGUUAAGCAAAUAUUCUUUAAGAAAAAUGGCGGUUCGUUCUUACAACAACGCAUGUCUUCCAAUAACAGCAUCAUUGAGAAACCAAAAUUCUUUACCGAAAAUGAAUUGGAGAGGGCAACUGACAGCUACAAUGAGUGUCGAAUCCUUGGUCAAGGAGGUCAAGGCACUGUGUAUAAAGGAAUGUUGAAGGAAGGAAGAAUUAUAGCUGUUAAAAGACUCAAGAAAGUGGCUGAAAGAGUUGAUUUAUUCAUCAACGAGGUGGAAAUUUUGUCGCAAAUUAAGCAUAGGAAUGUGGUUCAAUUUUUAGGGUGUUGUUUGGACGCUGAAUUUCCCCUUUUAGCCUAUGAAUUCAUUCCUAGCGGAACUCUUUUUCAGUAUAUUCAUGACCAAAAUCAGGAAUUUCCACUCACUUGGGACUUACGCCUACGUAUUGCCACAGAAGUUGCAGAUGCUCUAUCUUAUCUACAUUCAGCUACUUCUUCUGCACGUAUAGAUCAUCGAGAUAUUAAGUCAUCGAACAUACUACUGGAUGAAAAAUAUCGAGCAAAAGUUUCGAACGUUGGGACUUCAAGAUCUAUUCCAGUUGAUGUUUACAGCUUCGGAGUGGUUCUUGCAGAGCUCUUAACUGGACAAGAACCUAUUCGUUCAACUGACUCCAAAGAAACAGAAGAUUUAGCAGCCUACUUUCUUCCGAAAAUGGAACUGGAACGUUUGUUUGAAAUCCUUGAUGCUCGAGUUUCAAAGGAUGACAGAGAACAAGAGAUUAUGACGUUUGCUAAUCUCACAAGAAGAUGUCUAGACUCAAAUGGGAGUAAGAGACCUACAAUGAGAGAAGCGGCAACAGAAUUAGCAGGUAUUAGAACAUCCAACGGAGCUUCAAACCCGAAACAAGAUCCUGAAGAGAUUGAUUGUGUUGAGAUUGAGAUUACAUAUGAAGUUGAAAUCAGUUCAUCGCAUACUGAAUCGAUUUUGGAGAGUAUCAAUAGCCUUUGCUUUUAAGCAAGUGUGGCACUGUAGCAAAACAAUUAAUUUGUUUCUGGUUGUAUGUAUCUUAUCCUAUGUUGAACGUAUUGUGUGCAUACAGUUCUAUUGUAAGUGUGGCAAUGUAACAGAAUAAUUAAUUUGUUUCUGGUUGUAUCUUAUCCUACGUUGAUUGUUAAAUGUAUUGUGUUAGAAGUUCUACU